GCAGCGAGGCAGAGAGAGAGACGACGUGCACCAAAGAGGAGUAUACCCGGCUUAGCGUUCCGUGCAGUGCGUGUGCUGUCGUUCAGAGACUAGUCGUCGGUGGUUGCUGAUACGAUUCUAAGAGAAGAGAGAGAAGAGAAAGAAAGAGAGAGAGUGUUCUUCCUUGAUCGCUCUUUUUUUUACUUCGUGCGUACGAUAAUAUACUUUGGUCUUUUUUUACACACGCAUAUUGAUACCAAUAUAUAUAUAUAUAUAGAUAUAUAUAGAUAUAUCUCGGUCCGUGAGAAGUAGUAGACGCAUAUAAAAAGUCAACAAGUAAUAAAAAAAAGAAGAAGAAGCUUUCGUAUAUACGAGAGAAAGAGAGAUAGAGAUAGAUAGAGAGAGAAUUUUCAUUUCGAAAUGACUAUGGCUACCGAGACGGAAAAUAACGGGCCCGAAAGUAAGGAAAUAAAGGACGUUAAAGAUAUGAAAGAGGCAUUGAAGGAUGAGACGCCACCGGACAACAAGCAAGAAGAAAAGGACGCCGCUGCUAAGAAAGAGGAGGCCGGGAAAAAGGAGGAGGCUGCCGACGCCGCUGGUGGUGGUGGUGGUGGUGCCGGUGGUGGAACCGCCGCGUCCGCGGCGUCCUCGGCGCCGGCUAAACCCGUCACCGUUCACAAAACCAACUACGAGAAGGACGUUGUUUAUCUAUAUCAAUUCUUCCGUACUGCACUUUUGCCCUCGAUUUCUCCCUACUGCCUCAAGGUCGAGACGUGGCUAAGACUCAAUGGCAUCAAAUACGAGAACGUCGAUCACAAGAUGAAGUUCCGUUCGAAGAAGGGCCAAUUACCAUUCGUCGAAGUGAACGGUGAAGAAAUAGCUGAUAGUACGAUCAUCCUUCGUGAACUUAGCACUAAAUAUGGAAAGGAUUUGGAUGCUGCAUUAACGUCCGAACAACGUAGCGUAUCUCACGCCAUGAUAUCGAUGAUAGAAAAUCAUUUGGUAUGGGCAGUUGCUUGUUGGCGUACCAAGAACAUGGAUCUUGUUUUAAAGGGAUACAAGGUUAAUCUGCAACACGCCCUUGGGACACGCAUUCCUUCAGGAAUACUUAAUUUCUUCUUUAAAUUUACUUUCGGUCGCAAGUGGGAUUUAUUACAGGGUGCGAGGAAAGUCAAGGCUCAGGGUAUGGGCGUGCACACACCUGAGGAAGUAUCCCAAUUUGGUUGCGCUGAUCUGAAGGUCCUUUCCGAUAUGUUGGCUGACAAGCCGUUCUUCUUUGGUGACGAACCGACUACGUUGGACGUUGUAGCAUUCGCUCACCUAGCUCAAAUUCUUUACAUCGACAAAGAAACGUCAUACAACCUGAGGGAUUACAUGCAAGAAAAUUGUCCCAAUUUGGUUGGUCAUUGCUCGCGCAUGAAGGAACGAUGCUUCCCCGAUUGGGAUGAGAUUUGUUCAACCUUGGACAUUAACACGCACUUGCCCAAGCCGGAGAAGGAAGAGGAGGGUGGUAAGGAGGGUAAGGAGGAUGCUAAAGAAUCUAAGGAAUCGAAGGAGGAGAAGGAGGGUGACAAGGAGAAGGCGGAUAAGGAGGAAAAAGAAAUGGAAAAGGACAAGGAGGUCGAUGAGAACAAAGAAAAGGAAAAGGAUGGGAAAUAAGCUGUGCUGGUGGUGGUUGUUGUUGGUGGUGGUGGUGGUUGGUUUGCGCGGCAGGAAGUCAAAAAAAUAAUCGUUUGUUCGUUCAAAAGGAUUUCAAUACGGCGGAGAGAAUAAAUAAUUAUGGGUGUGUUCUUUUUUCGCGAGUUAAGAAGGAGAGUAAGAUCCAGAGAGAGAGAGAGAGAGAGAGAGAGUGAAUGAGUGUGUGAGAGAGAGAUAGAAAGAAAGAAAGGGGGAGGGGGGUGGAAGUGAUGAGAGUUUCUUGUAUGUUUGGGAGAGUAUGAACGUGUCUCUUUUUUUCUUGGAUUGUAUGAGAGUUUUAUGUGUAUGGUGUAUGCAUGGGGAGAGAGAGAGAGAGAGAGAGAGAGGGGGUGUAUGUGUAUAUGUAUGUUUGUGUGUGUGCAUGCAUGGAAUGAUAGGAAUGCAUAAGCGUGUCUCGAAGGAACUGACGAUGACGACAAAGACGACAAUGAUAAUGGUGAUGAUAAUUAUGAUUAUGAUGCUGACAGAGAUUACUAAGAAAGAGAGAGAGAGAGAGAGAGAGAGUUUAAAAGGCUAGGAGAAUAAUAGAAUGAUAGAAGGAGAAAAAAGUUAGAUAUAUGAUAGGCAGGCAGACAGGUAGGGUGUAGGGCGUGGAAGAAGAGUGAGAGAGAAAGAAAGAGAGAGAGAAAGAGAAAAAGAGAGAAUAAAGAAAAUGUUUAAUGAUCAACCAGUGCUCUCUACUUAUAUGCGUAUAUAAGAUUAUUAUAAUUAUUAUUAUAAUUAUUAUUAUUAUUAUUAUUAUUAUUAUUAUUAUUAUUAAUAUUAAUAGAAUCAUGUAUAAUGUUAAUACUUCGUUUAUUAUUACGCGAUUCGAUCGCAUCAACGCCGUUGUGUACGCCAUUUCUCAUCGACACACCCUAUAAGGACACGCACGAAAGAGUCCCUUUCCCCCUCCCCCCCACCCACCCUCUAUGUAUGCUCGUGUGUAUUAAUGAUGUAUGAUAGAGAUAGAGAGAAAGAAAAAUUAAAAAGACACAGAAAGUAUGAGAGAAAGACAGAAUGAAUAUGAAUGAACGGGAGAGAAGAAUAAAUGAAAAUUACGAAUGAAUAUGAUUGAUAAUAAUGAAAUUGAAUGAUUGAAACUAAUGGGGGUUAUAAUAAUAAUAAUAAUAAUAAUGAUAAUAAUAUAACGCGUGUGAAUGCGAAUGAUGUGAUAACCAACCAGCAGCAGCAGCAGCGGGCGCCCGCCUAUCAUCUCGUGAGAGGAGGAGGAGGAGGAGGAGGAGGAGUCAAAGUAGAAUUUUUCAAAGUUUUUAGGUGAACUUUUGCAAUAUAUCGAAAUGCAAUAGCGCCUAACUUAACGCAGGUGUGAGACGACAUCUCUUUUUAUCAGUGGCCAAAAUGCAAUCAACGCUAAAAAGGGAGGGAGGGAAUUAGGGAGGGGGAAUGGGGGGAGCGAGAAAAGAAAAAAAAACACACACACACACAACACCCCAUCCACACAACACACAUACAUACACACACGUGUAAUAAUACAACGUUUGCGAGUAAGUUAUCCCACGAGUUAGAGAAGAAGGGGGUUAGGAGGAUGGUUUUUAAGGAAAAGAGAAAAAAAAAAA